AUGACUGACGUGGACUAUCUGUCAGAAACGCCGGGACAAAACGAACCUAUCUCACUUGAAACGGUGGAUGGGGCUCACGAUAUGAAUGGAGUGGCGUUAGGACGAACCAAUUUAGUGCUGCAGCGAGAAAUAAGGGUAGAGCAAGAGGAGAUCAUCGAGGAGCAGGAGACGUUGAUAGACGAGCACGAGCCAAGCGCGAUGGAGAGCUGGCAGGAGGACAACGGACGGCUGUUAUUGAUCGAUGGCCAUCCUGUGGUGUACCGGGCUUACCACCAGAUAUCAGCGCGGUUACACCACAGUGGUUACAACACCUUCGCACACGACGAGGACGUCAUGGGCACACUCUUCAAGUCCUUCGAGCAGAUUGUCAACCUUUUAGCGAUGCUCCCAACACACGUUGCACUGGUGUUCGACCAUGGGGACCCCACGUUCCGCCACGAGUCCUUCCAGGGCUACAAGAGCACGCGCCCACCUCGCCCUGACGCUGUGGCACGUGCCAUGGAGCUCAUGCAGGCCGCCCUCCGCGCCCUCGAGCUGCCCUCCUUUGCGAUCUCCGGGGUGGAGGCGGAUGAUGUUAUUGCAACUCUCGCAAAAGAGGCACUCGAGAAUGGCAUGAAGGUGCGCAUAGCAUCGCCAGACAAGGAUUUCUUCCAGCUGCUGUCCCCAAACCUCAAGAUGCUGCGACCCACGCAGCGCCCCAAGCGAGGCAACCCGCGAUACCCCACGUCGCACUUCUACACGUACGCAGAGGAGGACUUUCGGAGGGACUGGGGCGACGUGGAUCCUCCACUCUUUGCUGACGUCCUCGCCCUCAUGGGUGACAUCAGCGACAACAUUCCUGGGGCGCGUGGCAUUGGCCGCAAGAACGCACCCAAGCUUGUCCGCAAAUACGGGUCAGUGGAGCAAAUACUGGAGCGGCCAGAGCAGAUAUUGGACAAGAGGGGACGAGAGGCAGUAAUAGCCAGCAGAGACUCAAUCAUCCAAUCAAAGGAACUGGUAUCGUUGCGCAUGAAUGUGCCACACGGCAAGACAUGGGACGACCUCCGCUUUCACCCACCCGCAGAUGGUGGCGUCGAUUUUUGGAAGUUCAUGCAAACAUUGGAAGAGGAUUCAAUCCUAAUGAAGUCUGGCAUAAGGAAACGAUUGGAGGCAGUUUGGUCUGAGAUCCAAAAUCAAUAA